UUUUAUAAUGAUAAAUCCCCUGAUCAAGAACACUGUUGGAACAGUGCUGAAGGCUCUGCUCUAGCUUAGGCUGGGGACCUAUCCCUAUACUUUGUAUGUGUGAUUGUAUCACAGAGAUAAAACAGCUGUGGGAAGAAUUAAAUAAGCCUUCCCCUUCCCUGCUCUGAGGUUCUGUUCCUCCUCUGUAGGCAGGGAGAUGCUGAGUUGAGGCUACUUCCCUGGGGUUAAGGUAAAUGGAUGUCUGGUUUAAGUAAAGGGUUGUACUCAGGCUUUUAGCUGAUUGAUGCUAUAACAGACCUUGGAACAUGUGGCUAUAGAAACUCACUAAAGAUGUCUGUUCCAAAUCAACAGUAUCCAUCUAUUGUUAAUCCUCCACCACCAGAAUAUAUCAAUCCUAAAAAAACUGGCUGUUUAACAAAUCAACUUCAAUAUUUACAGAGAGUGAUCAUGAAAGCUAUGUGGAGACACAACUUUUCCUGGCCAUUUCACCAGCCUGUAGAUGCUGCAGCAUUAAACCUUCCUGAUUAUUAUAAUAUCAUUAAGAAACCCAUGGACUUGAGCACAAUUAAAAAGCGUUUGGAACAUAAUUAUUAUACAAAAGCUACAGACUGCAUUGAAGACUUUAAAACUAUGUUCACAAACUGCUAUGUGUACAACAAGCCAGGUGAUGACAUUGUUUUUAUGGCACAAGAGCUAGAAAAAGUAUUUAUGCAGAAAGUGGCACAAAUGCCUCCAGAAGAGAGAAUAGUGAUUGUCAACAAAGGGAAAAGAAAAGGAAAGAAACAAGAAGGAGCUCAGCAGCCCAAUUCAGGAGUUUGUACCACUAAGCAAAAUCAACUGCAGAAGCAACUUGAAAGCGUUGUUAAGCAGCCUCAUGUGAUGACUCCAGUACCACAGCAGCCUGUGCUAGCCCCUCUGUCAAUGGCUCAAUCGACUACCUUAAUGUCAGCCACACUACCCAUAUCAAAAGUUAAAAAGGGUGUGAAAAGGAAGGCUGAUACUACUACAAUAUUCACAGCAAGCUGUGAAUCUUCUCCAGUGCUUAAUGAACCAAAAGUUGCUAAAAUAUCAUGUAGAAGAGAAAGUGAAUGUAGUGUACCAGACAGUCAUCUAAAGAAAGACUUGCCAGAUUCUCAACAGACACUUGAAGUUGUCAAAAAUGUUCAGUUAUCAGAACAAUUAAAGCAUUGUAGUGAGAUCCUUAAAGAAAUGUUUGCAAAGAAACAUGCAUCAUAUGCUUGGCCUUUCUAUAAACCUGUAGACGUUAUAGCUUUGGGGCUCAAUGACCACCAUGAUACCAUGAAAUGCCCUAUAGACCUUGGAACUAUUAAGAAGAAAAUGGAUAACUAUGAAUAUAAAGAUACACAAGCGUUUGCAGCAGAUAUUAGAUUAAUGUUUAUGAAUUGCUACAAAUACAACUCCCCAGACCAUGAAGUGGUUGCUAUGGCAAGAAAACUGCAGGAUAUCUUUGAGAUGCAAUUUGCCAAAAUUCCAGAUGAACCUGUUGCAAAUAUACCACCAUCACAGCCCAAAACAGAAAUAGCAAGUGCUUUUUCUAGUGAAAGCAGCAGUGAUGACUCCACUGAAGAAAGAUCAUCUGAAGAUUCAGAAGAGGAAAGAACAAAGCACCUUGCAAAGCUUCAGGAACAACUUAAAGCUGUUCAUCAGCAGUUGCGGGCAUUGGCCAAAACCUCCUUGCCCAAGCUGAGGAAGAAAAAAGGGAAGCCUAAAAAGGGGAAAAGAGGCAAAGAGAAAUCCAAACACAAAUAUGUGAAUCAAAAGAAGAAAAAGCUAAAGCAAAAAAAGAAACUGAAGAAAAAACUGUCUUUAAAUAUUCAGUCAAAGAAAACAAAGCAGCAAGUCUCACUGGCACGUAAAUCAGAAGAUGAGGAUAGUACAAAGCCUAUGAAUUAUGAUGAAAAAAGGCAGUUGAGUUUGGACAUAAAUAAACUUCCUGGAGAUAAGCUUGGAAAAGUGGUAUAUAUAAUACAGUCAAGAGAGCCUUCACUGAGAAACUCUAAUCCUGAUGAGAUAGAAAUAGACUUUGAAACUUUAAAAGCAUCGACACUUAGAGAACUAGAGAAAUAUGUGAUGACUUGUUUAAGAAAAAGACCAAGAAAACAUGCUAAGAAACCAGAGAAGUCAAAAGAAGAACUUAAUUUUGAGAAAAAACAAGAGUUGGAAAAGAGGCUGCUGGAUGUCAAUGGGCAGUUAAACCCUAAAAAGCAAAAUAGCAAAUCUGAAAAUAACACUAUACCAAAGAUUAUUGGUGGACCAAGGCGAUUGAGUGAGAGUAGCAGCAGCAGCUCCUCCUCCUACUCUAGCAGCAGCAGCAGCACUAGCAGUGAUUCUAGCUCCUCAGAUACCAGUGACUCUGAAUCAGAAAUAGGCUCAAAGCCAAAUGGAACCAGACAGAAUGGUCUGACUUCUAAAGAACAAAUGGAGGCAUCCAAUUCAUCUCUCCAGGACAUUCCAAUGACUGAUGGCAAAGAACCUGGAAAAUUAAAUAUUCUUCAAAACAAUGUUUCUGGUGGAGUUGCUGGCUCAAAAUCCAUAAAUCAAGAACAAAGUCAUUCUGACAGCACUGAUGAUAAAAACACACUAGAUCCUACACUUCAAAUUCUUCCUAAAAAGGACAUUAGAAUCAAGAAUGCAGACUCUUGGAUAAGUUUAUGUAAAAAGAUGGCACUUCCAGUUCCCAUAAAGGCAUCUCCGGAGAACUUCAAAAAGUUCAGGAAAGCAGCACUAGAAAAGGAAGAAACUGAGCGAGCACAAGAGUUAAGGAGACAACUGGAACAAGCCAAGAGGAAAGGGAAAACCCCCUCUCAAGAAAAAGAGAGGUUCCGUGAAGGAGCAGAACUGGAAUCCACUGGAAUAAAAGCCCACGAAGAGCCACAAAAUGAGAGGCCAAACAACGAACAGCAACAACCACCAGGGGUUCAACAAAAUAUCCAGAAAGGUCUUGUCAAAGACCGUAACCUGGCUAGAAAAAUGGAGCAAGAGCGCAGGCGGAGAGAAGCUAUGACUGGUACCAUUGACAUGAACCUGCAGAGUGACAUAAUGGCAACUUUUGAAGAAAAUCUUUAGUGGAAUUUUGGACACUAGAAAAAGUUGCAACCUGGCCACAGUCCUUGAGUGACAUUGUACUAAAUGCAAUGGUACAAUAAACUUGAUACAAGUGCUAAAUACAUGUGCUAUUUAUGUAUCUCAACAGUAUAUUGUUUAGACCACUUUGAAGAGCUGUAAACUGCUAUAGUAUGUUUAAUUUCCAUAGCAUUGUUAAAUAUUAAAAUUAUGCAUUGACACAUAACAGAUCACAGGGUAUUUUUGUUGCUUGCAUUUAUAAUCUGUCAUAUCUACUUGUUGAUAGCUAGUUGAGCACGGUCAUGUUUGAUUGCAUAUACAUGUUACUUAUUAAAAUACAUUGUAGAGUUUUUUUUUUUGAA